UCCAGGCUUCAUUUCGUUUCGCUAGAGUCAAUCAUCAUGUCGACGCUGACAUCAUCAACGAGUCCAACCGCGACGGAUGCUAUCACUAGAUACACCCAAGAGGAAAAUCAACCAACCCACCGCAGAAAUGACUCUUAUUCGAUUUGGCCUGAAAGGGAAAACAGCAUCAAUCCCACUCCUACGCUUGCAAACACAGUGCCAUCCGAGAAUGCGUCCCUGGAGAAAACACCACCUCCGUCCUCGCCCUCGUUUACUUAUUCUUCAACAUCGGAGGAAGACACAGCGGAGAAAGAGGGGGGUCUAAGGGCGUGGUCGACAGUAGCAGGUUCUGCGCUCGUGUACUUUGCAUCCUUCGGCAUCAUCAGUAGUUUCGGCUUUUUCCAGGACUACUACCGCGAGCACUUGCCAACCGUUCCAGCUUCCACUAUUUCAUUUGUGGGGACGGUGCAGAUUACACUGAUGAAUAUAUUGGCGGCGCCCGCUGGCACAUUGUUUGAUUGGUAUGGGGUCAAGGCCCUCUACAUCUUCUCCGGCAUCACCUCCUCAUGCGCACUCCUCACCCUCUCCUUCCUACACAUCCACUCCUGGCUCCUCUGGCAGAUCUUCCUCGUUCAAGGCGUCUUCCUCGGCAUCGCCAUCGCUUUCGGCGCGCAACCCGCACUAGUCGUUGUCGGACGCCAUUUUGUACGUCGUCGCGCUCUCGUUAUGGGAAUUGUGGCAGCUGCCGGGAGCGUUGGGGGUGUGUGUUUCCCUCUAAUUUUUGCGCGACUGAAUGGACUGCCUGGAAUUGGUUAUGCCUGGGCGUUGAGAGUGGUUGCUUUGAUGGUAGCGCUUUGUUAUAUGAUCGCACUGCUCAUCUCACGUGCCAAGCUUACCGAUGUCCCUGACAAAUCACUGCGACAGCUGCUCGAUUUCCGGGGGUUCCUCGACCGCAGAUACUCCGUGUUAUGUGUGGGAUCCUUCAUAGCCAUGCUGGGGCAGUUCGUGCCUUACUAUUACAUCAGCUCCUACAUGUCCGAUACGAAUCCAGAAUCACCCGCAAAGGACUAUCUCCUGCCUUUGAUGAACGCAUGUAGCUUUCUAGGCCGUAUACUAGGCGGAUUUGCAGCGGAUAAGACGGGUCCGGCAAACGCGGUUUACCCAAUGACAAUUUCAUCCGGGAUACUUUGCUUGGGGGCGUGGGCGGUUACAUCCUCCGUCCCCGUCUUAGUCUGUUUCGUGGUGCUCUACGGACUUUGUAGCGGAGUCUUCAUUGCAGUGCUUCCCGUCAUCGUGGCGCAGAUCACACCAGCAGUCAAAAUUGGAGGGAGGAUUGGUGCGUUUUACAGCGUUUGUGCUGUGGCACAAUUGGUGGGGAGUCCGAUUGGAGGGACGUUGAUUAAGAGGAAGGUGACGUCUGACGGAAAGAGUGCCGGAAGAGGUGCAGGGGGUGAUAGAGAGGAAGACUCUGCGUAUCUUGGGUUGAUAUUAUUCGCAGGUAGCACUAUGCUGGUCGGCGGCAUCGUCAUUCUGGCUAGUCGCUGGUUACAUGACCGAAGCUUGCGUUCCCGGUUUUGA